AUGUCAACAUUAGAGAACACAACAACGCCUUCACAAGCAAAACCUUCAAUGACUCCUGAACCUAUGGAAGUACAAACUCCUGUUCAAAAGUCAACUCCUAAACCGACUCCAACAUUUAAACCAGAACCUACGCCUCAAAUAAAUCGUAAAACUCCUGCGUUUCCUUACUGA